AUGAAAAACAAAUAUACUCCUAUUUCAGAUUCUGAUGACUCUUCCAAAACGCUCAAUGAUGAAAAGGCAGAUAGUCAGUCGUCUCCUUCAGAUGGUACGCCUCCUCCGUAUUCAGCUUCAACCAAAUUUAUUGAUCUCGAAAUGGCUCCUGAAACAGAAGAAAGUUCUAAAAAGAAAAGAUAUCUGACGCCUCGUGAAUUAGCAAUUGUUUUUGCUAUUUUUAUUGUAUAUAAUGUAUGCUUGAUUAUUGCGAGGGUCAUUCUUCUUGUUUACGAAAUUCCGUUUAAUCAGCUUGCCGUUUGGGUACUUUUUGGCGUUUGGUGCGCUCUAUUUCUGUCAUUGACAAUUGUAAUAACUCAAAUGCCUAAAGAAUGGUUCCCGCAGGCCAAACAAGGGCUCACGCAAGCUGGAAGAGCAACCAAAAACGUAUUGUCAGCUAUGUGUAUCGCAGCAUUAUAUGUGUGUUUUCUCGAUGUCCCUGGUUUUGUCGUGUAUUAUGCUGCAAAGAAGUUAACAGGAUUUGAAAAGAUAAACAAUCAAUUUUCCUAUGCUGUUUGUUUUGUUGAUUCUGUCUUGUUUCUUUUUCUUUCGAUAAACGGAAAGGCUCGUGAAAGCGUAAACUCUAGCUGCGUUAUUUUCGUAAAAACCGUGAAAAAGAGCAUAGGAAUGAGUCUAAGCGUUAUGGCAGACUUUUUGUUGUGGGAUUCAGGAACAAAUCGAGGAGAAGAAACACCUCGGAACGAAGAAAUCGAACUUCAACCUCUUGCUGAGCGGGCUGAAGUUUGA